GCUCGCAGGCCAGCAUCGAGAUCGAUUCUCUGUGUGAGGGCAUCGACUUCUACACCUCCAUCACCAGGGCUCGCUUUGAGGAGCUGUGCUCCGACCUGUUCAGGGGAACGCUGGAGCCUGUGGAGAAAGCCCUGAAGGACGCCAAAAUGGACAAGGGGCAGGUCCACGACAUCGUCCUGGUAGGAGGCUCCACCAGAAUCCCCAAAAUCCAGAAACUCCUGCAGGAUUUCUUCAACGGCAGGGAGCUGAACAAGAGCAUCAACCCAGACGAGGCGGUGGCUUACGGCGCUGCUGUCCAGGCCGCCAUUCUCUCCGGCAAUACCUCGGGCAACGUUCAGGAUCUGCUGCUGCUGGACGUGGCGCCUCUGUCCCUGGGCAUCGAGACGGCCGGAGGAGUCAUGACGUCGCUGAUCAAACGCAACACCACCAUCCCCACCAAACAAACUCAGAUCUUCUCCACCUACGCCGACAACCAGCCCGGCGUCCUCAUCCAGGUCUUCGAGGGGGAAAGAGCCAUGACCAAGGACAACAACCUGCUGGGCAAGUUUGAGCUGUCAGGAAUCCCACCGGCUCCACGAGGGGUCCCGCAGAUCGAGGUCACCUUCGACGUGGACGCCAACGGCAUUCUGAACGUGUCCGCGGUGGACAAGAGCACGGGCAAAGAGAACAAGAUCACCAUCACCAACGACAAGGGCCGACUGAGUAAGGAAGAUAUCGAGAGGAUGGUGCAGGAGGCCGAGCAAUACAAAGCCGAGGACGACCUGCAGAGGGACAAAAUCGCCGCCAAGAACUCGCUGGAGUCGUACGCCUUCAACAUGAAGAACACCGUGCAGGACGAGAACCUGAAGGGCAAAAUCAGCAAAGAGGACCAGAAGAAGGUGAUCGAGAGGUGCGACGAGACCGUCGCCUGGCUGGAGAACAACCAGCUGGCGGAAACAGAGGAGUACCAACACAAGCAGAAAGAGCUGGAGAGCGUGUGUAACGCCAUCAUCAGUAAGUUGUACCAGGGAGGAAUGCCCGCAGGCAGCAGCUGCGGAGACCAGGCACGCCGAGCCGAAUCCCAGGGGCCAACCAUCGAGGAGGUGGACUAACACAGUCCUUCAUAUAGACUCUGUUAUCACUGGGAUUGUUUGAAGUACAGCUGGAACUUUAUUCCUCAUGUUCAUAUGUUUAUUGUUUUUCUAUUUAUUUAUAUUUAAUUAGGAUGAUGCGUCACAUGUUAAAUGUAUUUUGCUGGACAAUGCAAUAAAGAAGAAACAUAAAUAUAAUGGUUAUUUGGGGUUUCUAGUUUUUUUAGCAGCAGUUAAGUUUGAAUUAUCCAGACAAUACAUAACUUAAUGUUUUUGAUGUAAAGAGAGCUUUAUAAUAAACAGUAUAAGUUAUUAUUUAUUUACCCAACAUUGUGCAGCAGUUGUAGUAAAAUGAUGUUUAACUUAACCUUCCUGUCGUCCUCGGGUCAAAUUGGACCCAUUUUCAAAUAGUAAUUAUAUCAAAAUUUUGGUUUCUGUUAACCAAAUUGUCAAAAUAAAUAACAUGGAUGGUUCCAUACGACUCUUCAGAAGUAAAAUAAAGGAUCAGAUCACUACAUUUAUUGAAUUUGGGGGAUUUAUUCAAUUCUAUAGCAUAUAGAAA